UGUGCUGGGUGCGGGACAGUGAAACGAACAGUUGGUGAUCGCUCAACUGCCGAUGUGGCAGCGUAUGCUUGCAGCGCCCGCCGGCGCUACAAAUAUUGACAGGUGAUAAACACAGCCGCUUUUUGUCCGUUACAUCUGUCAGCACUGCAUCAUGGAACGAUUGUACCAUGCUUCGAACAGCAUCGUGGAAGAUAUCCACCAGUGCUUCAAGAGAUAUGAAGUCGCCGUCGGCGAGGAAGCGCAGCGCAUCGAGGGUAUCAUUCAGGAAAAGAUCAACGAGCUGGCCUCGAACUGCGAGCGGCUGGGCAUCUUGGCGAACAAGGAACCAAUGACACGUCGACAGCAUGCCAAGAUGAGAGUGGACGAACUCAGGUACGAGCAGAAGCACCUUCAAGCGGCGCUGGGAAACCUGCAGCGCCGUCGGUUCGAGCGAGAAGAGGCCCUUCAGUGUCGAGAGGAACUGCUUUCUAAGAAGUUUUCCACAAACGACGCUCGUGACACGGCGAUAAACAUCGACGAGUCGUUACAGUUCCAUUCCAGGGCGCAAAGUGCCAACCGAAACGUGGACGAUUUGAUUGGUAGCGGCACCAGCAUACUUUCCAACCUAAGGGAGCAAAGGACAACGCUUAAGGGUGCGCACCGCAAGAUUCUUGACGUGGCCAACACGCUCGGCAUGUCCAACACGGUGAUGAGAAUGAUCGAGAGGCGAACUUACCAGGACAAGUUCAUUCUUUUUGGGGGAAUGUUUGUAACCUGUGUCGUGAUGUUCCUCGUGGUGAAGUACCUUACGUGAGAGGCCCAAGUGAUCUAGAAGGUGCUACUAAGGUUUACCAAAUGUUACUAAGCAUAAAUAAAAAAACUCUUCGUUUCGUAUUAAAAUUUUAUUGCAAAA